UUCCAGUCGUGUCUCGGAGCAAAGCGAUUCUCAGCAGCAGAAGAAGGAGGAGGAACAAGCGGAGGUGCAGGAGGAGGAGAGCCGAGCACAUCCUAAAGUUUGUAGCUGCAGCUGUCUGGACGCAGCGGACGCACGUACUGCGCACCUGAAUCAGGUGUGGGAGUGGUUGCUCAUCCGGACAAUCUCACGACACUUGGUCCGCUUCGUGUCGGCCGAGGAGUGGAACGAUCCCAUAAAAAGAUUCUGCCAAUCUGCAUCUGAAUGAAGACACUCUUCAUUUGUGACCGACAGCCUAACGCAUCAGAUAAACAUUUUCUACCUCUCGCUGCUUCUCUGCUUGUCAAGAAGGGCGUUUUUCGCCGGAAAGGACUGGCUUCAGCGUUUGACAGCUCUGACCCACUUAUCACGCUCCAGCCGGUCGAAGGGAAAACUUAGCAUUUAGCAGACAGCGUCAGGAAAGGUUAUGCAUUGUUUUAUAUUCAGGGCCACUGAGCAGCUGACCUCCCAAUCUGAUUAGCUCCAUACAAACAGCCACACAUGUGCCCACACAGACGCGCACACACCGGGCUGCCGGCCUCUGCAGGUGCUUUAAAUAGUGCGCCGCUCGUGUCUGCGUUUCACUUUAGUGUCACAACACAAAGACACGCGCUGAAACAGCUGAACCCAGCUUGGUGUUAGAAGUCCAUCUGCGCGCUAUUAACUCCCUCAGAGCACGCUGACCUUGACCGCCAUCAGUGACGUUUGCGUUAGCGGGAGGCGGUGUCACGUCCUGUCUGCUCUGUGAGACAGAGUGAGAAUGAGAGCUGGUGUGGCUCCGAUAAAUACACUAAAAGCAUGACCGCCGGAGGGCAGGCGCUGAAAUAGGAAAGCGGCUGAGCGUCAUUAGACUUUUUAGGCAAAUGUGUUACACAAAAAAUAGUCCUUGUUAAUUGAAAAGUGUGUGUGUGUGUUUGACACACUGUCAGAACACAUGAGAGUCAAAGCUGUCUGGGUCAUGUCACUCUGACUGGCCUACAUUUGAUCCAAUAAAGUGGCGACCAUGGGAAUGCGCUCGUCGUAGACACUCGCGCUCUGCGGUCCUCUCGCUCGGUAACUAUUCUUAAAAAUAAACAGGGUCUGCAAUAUAAAAACUUUCAACAUUUCCUAAAUGAACGCCUUCCCUUCCUUCUCCGCACCUCCACCCAACACACCAACCAUCCAGUCAGUGUGUAAGCCCUGUCUUCGGGCCCCGUGGAGGAUGAACGAUGUGCCCACACUUGACUACGAGUUGCUGCUGUCCCCAGCCAGCUCCUCCCUCACCGGCAAUCAUGGCGGCGGCAGCAGCAGCCCACCUCUGGCCUUGGUCGGGGUGGACACGGAGCAGCGCACCGCUUUAGCCUUUGUAGGCCUCCUCAUGCUCUUCUUGGUCUUCCUGCUGGUCAGAUGCUUCAGGAUCCUUCUGGACCCCUACAGCCGCAUGCCUGCAUCAUCCUGGACUGACCACAAGGAGGGGCUGGAGAGGGGUCAGUUUGAUUAUGCACUGGUGUAGGGGGCGCAGGGGAGCGUGUCAUUGCACACAGAGACUGUUUUAAAGCACGGACUGGUUUAGAGGGACAACAUUGUGACUGCACUGCUUAAGAAGGACGUCAACUAUUGCAGGAAGUUUAUACUGUGUCACUGUCAUCGUGUACUGGUGUAAAUACGCGGCUGCAGGACCAUAGGUAACCAUAACGACUGUGGUUCGACACGAGGCUCGCCCUGCAAGCCAAGCGCUCGACGCACAGCUGCCUUAACCAGACCUACUGUAACCGUGGAAACAUGCUACCCAGGCCACAGCAUCACUUUAGGGCUAGCUUAAUAGGAUUUGGGAAAUAUUCACUCACAACUAACCUCAAAGCUAGAUUUUUUUUUUUUUAAACCCACUCCACGUGCGUAAACACAGCCAGAGCUUAGCUGAAGGAGUUUACAUUUAAGCAGAUGCCCCUUUAAUGAACCGAAGCCCGUCACGAAGCGUCUGACCUUUGAGCACAAACACUCACCUUUAUCGUGCUUAUUCUGAGUCCUUACACCGAACAGUUCCAGAUGCUUUUAAGGCCCAAGCAGGUCGUUUGUGGCGCUAUAAAAAUCUUGUCUGUGUAUGUUUUGUGUGUUUCUGUGUCUGUAACUGAGAAGCCAUACUGAAACUAUAUAAUCCCGUAUUACUGCGAGUAGAGUUUCUGUUAGCCGGUCGUGUCCUUUGCUGUAGUCAGCCUGCUGAGCGUGUUGAUGAGGCAAACGGCAACCUUUAGGCGAAACAAAGCUUUAUUUUUCUAUUCUCGACUCAGGUUUUGGAGUCUCCUUUUUGCUAUCCUUUUCUCUCUUCCUCUUACUGUGUCAACCUUUAGACUCUAGAUUUUUGAGCUAGUCCUGCAGCCCAGUCUUAGGAGGCAAAGGAAAACACUUUGCUUUUUUGAGUUUUGUAAUUCAAUAUUUUUCUGACUAUAUGCUUUGUUUUUGAUACGCUGGAGUGAAACAGUGAAAAACAAUAUGAUUUUCUUCUUCGAUUACUCUUAUAUAACUUCCACUGAUGCUGGACUGUGUGUGUAGUCCAUGUUGUUCAUGUUUGAAAUGAAAUAAAAGGACUGCUAGUUAAA